GAGCAGAAGAUUCUAAAGAGCCAUUUUAACUGGAUUAAUGAACCAAAUAGUCUUGCUUAGGACCAUUAUUCACUUGCAUCUCUGACCAUCAAUACAAAGGAAGUUUCAAGAUAAUCAUGUACAGUAAAUGCCAAGAAGAUGCAGGUAGCUGCAUCUUUUUGGAAGGCAUGUCUGGAACCCUGCUUUAGUUGAUGAACAAAUACAUCCCUCUGGAUCAUUCUCCAUCUGAAGACUUAAUAGCCAUGGAUAAUGUUGAAAUGCCAUAGCAAGUCUUGACAGAUAUACAGUAAACUGUUCAGCAAGAAUUUCUGCCAUGAACAGAACUGUGUGACAGUUGAUUUUUAGCAUAGAGCUAGAUAAAGAUCUAAUGCCUAUAAGACUACUAUGUGAACAGUUCCAACAGGAAAGUGGAGUCUGUGAACUUGGGACAGCUCUGGAGAAAUGGGAGCAAGUAAACUUUAAAAAAGCACAGCACUGGAUACACUCUUCAUGUGCCUGCACAGCUUUCAAGUGAAUUAGCACUUAAGACCUUGUGUGACAAAAUGGACUCUGGAGAUACAGCUUUAGGGCAAACCGCUACCUCAAGGUCUGGAGAAAUAGCUAAAGUAUCAAGGAGAUGGCUGCAGGAACAUUCAGCUGAUGUUAAGAUGAGUGCAAUUGGAAGCCUGGAGGGACAGGCACAAAUAGAUCCCGAACACAUGGGAAACCCUGCAUCUGCACAACUUUUUGGUUCUGGCAAAGCGGUGUCAUCUAGCGAUACUAACCAGCAAGCCACAGAGAAGCAAUACCCACAGCACCUUCCAAGCCCGUACUCAUGUCAACAUUCGCUUUCUUUCCCUCAGCAUUCGUUGCCACAAGGAUUCUUGCACAACCUAAAGCCGCAUCAGAGCUUGGAUAGCCACAAGUGGCAGUUUCCCGGCCACCUGCAACCAGUUGCCUCUGAAGAUUUAUUUCCAUUUCAUAUGCAUGGCCAUAGUGGAAGUUUUUCCAGAAAGAAAAUUUCCAACUUGAACCCUGCUUACAGCCAGUAUUCUCAGAAAUGUAUAGAACAGCCGCUGGAAGAUGGUCAUAAGAAAGAACAUAAGCCCAAAAAGCCUGGCAAGUACAUUUGUCCUUACUGUAGCAGGGCCUGUGCCAAACCUAGCGUACUUAAGAAACAUAUUAGGUCCCACACUGGGGAACGUCCAUACCCUUGCGUCCCUUGUGGUUUCUCUUUUAAGACAAAGAGCAAUUUAUACAAACAUAGGAAAUCUCAUGCCCAUGCAAUUAAAGCAGGAUUAGUACCUUUCACAGAGUCAGCUGUAUCUAAAUUGGAGCUAGAUGCCAGUUUCAUUGACGUGGAAGCUGAGAUACAUUCAGACGGGGAGCAGAGUACAGAUACUGAUGAAGAGACUUCAUUAUUUGUUGAAGGUUCUGACAAACUGAGCCCAGUUCCACAGAUUCCAUUGGACAUUACUAGCAGAAGUGGUUUUCAUACAUCAAUAGAAGAAUCUUUGGGGGGCUCAAUGAAAGUUCCUAUUUUGAUUAUUCCUAAAAGUGGGGUGCAGUUGCCAUGUGAAAGCUCCCAGCAUGUUGGAUCUGACAAUCUACAAAAUCCUUCAUUAAAUACAAAGUCUGAUGACUCUCAUACAGUUAAGCAGCGGCUUGCACUAAGACUGUCUGAGAAGAAAGGGCAAGAUUCUGAGCAGUCAUUAAACCUUUUGAGCCCACAUAGCAAAGGAAGCACUGACUCUGGUUAUUUUUCACGCUCAGAAAGCGCAGAGCAACAGAUAAGCCCCCCAAAUACCAAUGCAAAGUCUUACGAAGAAAUAAUCUUUGGGAAAUUCUAUAGGAUUAAUCAAAGGACUGCACAACCAUUAGCGACAGCCAAUCAGGAUCACAGUCCAGUGGGUAGAAAAGGCAAGGCAGAGCCACUACCUCUUGUAAACCCUAGGUUAGAUUUCAAGAUGCUUGAAGAACGAAUGUCUCCAAACAAAGAAGCACUAAUUGAUCCUAGUAAAAUUGGCACUAUAAAAAGCACCCAAGUCUUUAAUGAUAGUAGUAUAGAAUCCAAACAGUCUCAGACUGUAACAUCAUUCAUCAAAAGCGAAUUAAGCCUUUAUCCAAGAAGUCACCCAGGUGAUAUCUCUCUGCUCUUAGAACCUCCCACAGAUACAAACCCACUGAUUAGAAGCAACUCCAUGCCAACCUCAUCUGCAACCAGUUUGAAUGUCCCCACAGCUUUGAGAGGAAGCCAUUCAUUUGAUGAGAGAAUGACUGGUUCAGACGAUGUAUUUUAUCCUGGGACGAUCGGUAUACCACAUCAACGAAUGUUAAUUAGACAAGCAGCCUUUGAGCUUCCCUCAUUGCUUGAAGGACAUUCAGAUUCAGAGUACCAUGGCAGAAUAGGGAAGAACAUCAUGACUGCUUCUGCCAGAUCAACAGCAGGAGAAAAAGGGCUGGGCAUGAGAGAGAAGAAGUUGUUAGUAGGGGAGAGAAUUUUUUAUGAGGGGGACUCCUCAGGAAAGCACUACAGAAAAUGGGAAGAAUAUGGAAAUCUGAAACAAAGCUACAGAGAGACAUUGACUUUGAGUGGGUCAAAACAGGGAGAAUUUUAUACUGACUCGCCUACGCCUUUUCAGUCAGUUUCUUCUACGUACGGCGUUACAUUUGAAAACAGGAAGCGAAGAAUACAGAAGAGUGUUGGAGAUGAGGAGGACACACCCUCAUUGUGCAGUGGUGCUACUGGCAGCCCCAUGGCCGGUGAUUUUGAUCCAAAAUUGGCAAUCCAGGAAGGACCAAGGAGUGGAUAUGCAGCUCAAAGCCAUGAUAGUUCUCCUCAUUCUCACCCAGAGCGCUUUGAAGUCUGUAGGCCCAAUCUGCAGUCAGGAAGCCCAGCCCCAGCUUCAGAAGAAUGUCCCUUAACCAUUGAUCAAGAGAAGGCUGGAGAGGCUCUGAGUAGAAAAGGAAAUGUAAUCUCCGUCAUUCAGCACACAAAUUCUUUGAGCCGGCCAAACUCAUUUGAGAGGUCUGAGUCUACAGAGCUCAUGGCUGGCCAGCAAGAUAAAAUGUACUCAUCAUCUGAAACUUGUGAAAGCGAGAUUGCAGAGUCUCCAAUGAGCCCAGACAGGGUUCAGCAGACAGAAAAUGCUGACAGUGUGAGCAAACAGCCUUCUUCAUCCCAACAUUCUCAGCCAUAUCAUAUGCAGCCCAGACUUGUUCGCCAGCACAAUAUACAGGUACCUGAGAUUCGGGUUACAGAGGAGCCAGAUAAGCCUGAGCGAGAGAGAGAAGUCUCUGUAAAAGAGCAAGAGAAGCCUGCAGAAGAAUUUCAGUGGCCCCAGAGAAGUGAAACCCUCUCCCAACUCCCAGCUGAAAAGCUUCCACCGAAGAAGAAGCGUUUGCGGCUUGCUGACUUGGAGCACUCCUCUGGGGAGUCCAGCUUUGAAUCCACUGGGACAAGCCUUUCCCGCAGCCCUAGUCAAGAGAGUAAUUUGUCCCACAGUUCAAGCUUUUCAAUGUCAUUUGAGAGGGAGGACAGUAUUAAGUUCAUCACUUCAACCAAACAGGAUGAGUUUGGGAAACCGUCUGAGUUUUUAACCGUCCCAGCUGGUGCUUACUCGCUUUCCAUCCCUGGCCAUCACCAACAGAAAGAAAUGAGACGUUGCUCAUCUGAACAGAUGCCAUGUCCUCCCCCUGCCGAAAUCCCUGAGUUACGAAGUAAAUCCUUCGACUAUGGAAAUCUUUCUCAUGCUUCUGCCGCAGGAGCACCUCCUUCUGCUUUGUCUCCAGCAAGAGAAAGGAAGAAAUGCUUUUUAGUCCGUCAGGCUUCCUUCAGUGGUUCCCCAGAGAUUCCCCAGGCCGAUUCUAGCAUGGAACAAAAUAUAAAGCAAGAGCAAAUGGAGCAUGCACAUGUCAGCCUUCGGUCUUCCCAAGUUGCUUGGCCUCAUUCUCCCUCUUCUGUUCAGUCAGAUGACCCUGGGAAGCAGUCUGCUGGUCCUUGUGUACCGCAAAGCACUAGCUUAACCCCACUUUCCCAUCUCUCAGUCCCACAAGCACCUUCUAUUCCAAGCAAAUAUUCAGCAGAACAACAGCAUCUAUUUGCACUGCAAGAAAAAGUUCCUUUUCUCCCCAUCCAUAACACUUUGUUGCCGUUUCAAUACCCGUCUCGCUUGCCACCACAGCCCAGCACUUUGUGGCCCUCAGAACUUUCACAGACACAUUUCCCCCAUCAUUUUGUACAGCAGCUUCAAAAAUCCUAUACCAAGCAACCUUUCCCAACAGACAGUCAUCCAAGUUAUCAUCUGGAAUAUGCUCAGGAGCAUGUUCGAAAGAAAACUGCUGAUUAUGUACAUAGUAAAGAGCAAACUUACCAGCGUUACUCAGGAACAUCUGGGCAGUAUUCUAAAAAUGCACUUGCAACAUACCAGCCAGAUUGUAGCAUUAAAUCAACAGAUACCUCUUCUGAGCAGCAUCUGCAGGGAGAUUUUGAAGCCCAGAAUAUUGGACCGGUUCAGUCAUUACCAGGUACAGUUGUUCCUGUUAGGAUUCACACCCACGUGCCAUCAUAUGGUAGUGUCAUGUACACAAGCAUUUCCCAGGUUAUUGCCCAGAGCAGCAGUCCUGCUAUUGUCAUUUGCAAAGUAGACGAGACUCUUUCUCAAAGAACAUUAGCAACAAGUGCAACCAUGCACGGAAUAGGAUUUAACAUUGCACAGAUGUUAGGCCAACAUGGAGGCUUAGAAAAGUGUCCUUUAUGGAAAGUACCGCAGACCCUAUCGCUUAAUUUGGAAUCUUCCAUCCCAUUGGGCUUGGCCUCCAGCACAGAUACAGCUUCUACCCUGGGUGGAAACAAACGAAUGCUGUCACCUGCAAGCAGCUUGGAGCUCUUUAUGGAGACCAAACAACAAAAGAGAGUAAAAGAUGAGAAAAUGUAUGGACAGAUUGUUGAGGAACUAAGUGCUGUGGAACUCACCAAUUCAGACAUAAAGAAAACCUUCCCCAGGCCACAGAAACCUCAGCUGGUGAGGCAGAGCUGUACUACUGAGCCAAAAGAAAGUCUGCCGUCCACCGUGUCCUCUUCUACACUGUCAUCCUCAUCUCAAGAUUUGCCAGCUACCACGGUGCCCCCCACUGAGCCAUCACCACCAAGCAGGGAAAGGCUUCUCAGUUUUGACUCUGCUUCGCCAGGUCAAAAGUCCAGCAGCAUGUCUGAAGGCAGAGAAUCCCCAGAAGAACUGGAUGUAGAUGAAACAGCAUCGGAUAUGAGUUUGAGUCCACAGAGGUCACCUUUGUCCUCAGGGGAAAGUCAGAUAGAAGACAAAGCCAAGCAACAGAAAUUGCCCUUUGGUAGGUUGGUUCAAAUGGCGUCCCAACCAAGUGGGAAAGCAGUGACCUCAACUAUCCUUCUUGCAGACCUUGCUGACUUCCAGCAAAUUCUCCAGUUUCCUACUUUGCGCACCACUACAACCGUGAGCUGGUGUUUCUUAAACUACACAAAACCCAACUUUGUUCAACAAGCAACCCUAAAAUCAUCUGUUUAUGCCUCGUGGUGUAUAAGCUCAUGCAAUCCAAACCCAUCAGGACUGAGUACGAAGAUUACCCUUGCGCUCCUAAGGUCCAAGCAGAAAAACAGUACAGAGAUUUAUACAUUGGCACCAAUGCAUCGGCCUGGAGCUGGAAAGCUAACAUCAUCAAGCGCAUGGAAACCGUUUACUCAGAUGAAACAAGAGCCAUUCUUCAUAUUUGGCAGCAAGUUUGAAAAGAAGGUAGUAGGGUCUGUUGUCAAAGAAAGAAUUAAAGGAGACAGCCAUGGUGACAAAGAUAUUGUAUCCAAACAAACUGAGCCAAUGCGAAUUAAAAUCUUUGAAGGAGGGUAUAAAUCCAAUGAGGAUUAUGUGUAUGUCAGAGGACGAGGACGGGGAAAGUAUAUUUGUGAAGAAUGUGGGAUUCGGUGCAAGAAGCCAAGCAUGCUCAAAAAACAUAUCCGUACUCAUACCGACGUACGGCCUUAUAUAUGCAAGCUGUGUAAUUUUGCCUUCAAAACUAAAGGAAAUCUGACAAAACAUAUGAAAUCUAAAGCACACAUGAAAAAAUGUCUGGAGCUGGGAGUAUCAAUGACAUCAGUUGAUGAUGCUGAAACAGAAGAAGCAGAAAACAUGGAAGACACACACCAAGAAGCCGAGAAGAGUAAUAUGACUGGCACAUCAACUGAACACCAGUUCUCUGAUGCUGAAGAAUCAGAUGGCGAAGAUGGAGAGGAUAAUGAUGAUGAUGAUGAAGAUGAGGAUGAUUUUGAUGACAUGCUUGGAGAUUCAACACCCAAAACAAGAUCACGAAGCACUAGCCCUCAGCCCCCUAGAUUCUCUUCUCUUACUGUGAAUGCUGCUACAGCAUCUUAUGGGGGUUCACCUGACAGUUCAGUAGGACAUUCCUCCUUAAUAAGUUAUUUGGUCACUUUACCUAGCAUUCAGGUUACUCAGCUCCUAACGUCAAGUGACUCUUGUGAUGAUUCACAGAUGACAGAAUAUCAGAGGUUUUUCCAGAACAAAAGUACAGAUUCAGAACCCGACAAAGACAGGCUGGACAUACCUAGUUGCAUAGAUGAAGACUACAUGGUUUCUUUAGAGUCCAACUCAUCUCCUAGGGAUUUCUCAUCUUCCAGCAGACAGUCCUCACCAGGGUAUGAUUCUUCACCCUACAGAGAUAAUUCACCAAAGAGGUAUUUGAUGCCCAAAGGGGAUUUUUCACCUAGAAGACAUUUAUCACCAAGGAGAGAGAUUUCACCCAUCAGGCACCUUUCACCAAGGAAGGAAGCUGUAUUGAGGAGAGAGUUAUCACCACGGAGAGAUGUUUCACCAAGACGUCAUCUGUCUCCAAGGAGAGCUAUGUCACCUGGAAAAGACACAUCCUCUCGAAGAGACCUGUCUCCGCGAAGAGAAAGAAGGUAUAUGGCCUCAGUUAGAGCAACAUCACCCCGAAGAGGCUUGUACCAUAACCCAACCUUGCCCAUGGGCCAGUAUUUGCAGUCCGAGUCAGUUCCAUUAGGACAGUCAAAUUCAAGGCCAGGUUUGUUCCAGACCCCUUAUUUCAACAUAUCUGGAGAAAAAGGAGUUCUGGAGCAUCAUGGGCCUAACAUGUUUCCUGAGGGUCCUAAUGACUACGUCUUCAGCCAUCUUCCACUACACUCCCAGCAGCAGCUUCGUGCACCCAUCCCCAUGAUGCCUAUUGGGGGCAUUCAAAUGGUCCAUUCAAUACCUGCAGCCUUAUCAGGUUUCCAUCCUCCACCUGUGUUUCCCCUCCAAAAAGAGGGCUCUGGUGAGAAGAAAAGGGCAGCUUCACAAACCAUAACAAAAGAAUCGUGUAUCAUUUCUAAGCACCUUGAGAAACGUACGUAUCCUCAUACUUUGCAUACGGUAGUUCAAGCCAGUGCAUCACCGUCUCCAUUGCUGUUGAUGAAAAAGAGCACUUCAGAAGAAGGUGGUGUUGAGAGGGAGCAGGAGGAAAACAUACAGACUUGUACAAAAGCCAUAGCCUCUCUCCGAAUUGCCGCAGAGGAAGUUCAGCAUGGGACAGAGCCGUCACAAAGGGAUUCUGAGCCCCCUCAGAAACUCCUGGAAAGUGCACAUUUUAGCAUGGAACACUUUAGUGGCUCUGAGCCAGGCCAGGUCUGUGCCUCAGCCACCAACCCGGACUUGCACAGUGGUGAAAAGGAACGUUUUGGUACAUCACAGACUGCAUUAUCUCAUUCCACCUUUUACAGCAAAAGCAGUGUGGAUGUCAGACAGUUAGGCUACCCUAGUAGGAAAGAUUCCCCGUCAGAUACCCUGGAAAGAAAAGACCUGCCCUCUGAAAGAAGUAAGCCACAGUGAUCUGAAGUGUGAGGAGACUUUGAUACGUGCAUUUACCUCCCCUCCACAAGUACACCAUUUCCCCCCCCCCAGUGGUAGAAGGAAGUACUCAACUUUAUAGCAUGCCGGUUCUAAGUUACAGUAGUUUGCUAUUAUAUAUACUUUUGUUAUAUCAAAAGAAUUGGGUAAAACUACGAGUCAUCAUGAGCCUGACCAAAAUGAAAUUUCAAAAUUCUUAUUGGGUCUGGUACUUUUAACCUGUACAGAUGUUUGUGCCUUUUUCUUUACUUUUGCUUAUAUUCUUAUAAGCAGUUUUUUUAGCAGUAAUUUGUACAUAUUUUAGAAUUUGUGUAUCUGCUUUGUAAUAAAUGUAAUUUCUUUUCUUUUUGGGGGGACAUUUUGACCGAAAUGAUGUAAAGAAAAAAAUAGGAAAAAAAAUAGAAAAAAAGCAUCGAUAUAUAUGUGAGGUUGCACUAAAAUAUUUUUAUAUGAUUAAAACUGAACAGCUUUUAUGUACAGCUCUGAUUCUGUAAUACUAAUAUUUAUUUACUUUGUUUCAUAAAUUGUACAUUUUUUCUUAAUGUUGUGGAUUGCUUUUCUAUGUGAAGCAUGGGAUUUACUGUUGCAUUAUUAGAACAAAAAUGUAUAUUGUAAACAAGAUAUUUAAACUAGAGUAUCUUAUCUUAUUCUGCACUUAUGCAUUAGUUAAAAAUAAGAUAAAAGGAUGUAUCAGUCCGUUCUUAACUCUUGUAAUUUUUUUUGUCUCUUGUUUGCUGGAUCAACUAUAACUUAACAGUGCUGAUUGUGAUUUUAAAAAGAUAGUACCGUCAAGCAUUAAAGUAAAACCAUGUGCUAUUGUGAGUUUUUUCAAAGCUUUAUAAAACAGUUAUAAAUAUAUUAAAAGUAUUUGGUCUUAUGUGAA